UAUUGAGGAAGGAUCCGCUGCUCUGCCGCUGCUGCCGCCGCUGCUCUCGCUGUGUAUAUGUAUAUGUGUGUGUCUCGUGUGUGGGUGUGUGUAUGUGUGUGUGUGUGUGUGGAAGCCUGAUGAAAUGAAAUGCCAGGAUUGGGCUACCUCCAGGGAGAGCCUCUCCGUCCUAUAACGUGAGAGCCAGCCAGCAGCACUGUGGGAUCAGGGAGAAGCUGCAUCCAUCAAGCGACGGGCCUCCGGAGGACCAGGCGUGAUCCAACAGGAGGGGAGAUAUUUUUUUAAAUUAUUCUUCUCUGCUGAGGAGAGAAGGGAUUGUCGUCAUCCCCCCCAUCCAUCCUUUUUUUUCUCUCUCUCUCUCUGUGGUGCCCCCUCCUUCCUCCUCCGCCUCCACUCUCAUUUUUUCCCCCUCAUUCUUCUAGAGGCACUCGUUGGAAUAUCAAACCUCCAUGUAUGACAAUUUGUACCUGCAUGGAUUUGAAGACUCGGAGGCGGGCUCAGCUGAUUCCUAUACUAGUAGACCAUCAGACUCAGAUGUCUCUCUGGAGGAGGAGCGGGAGGUGCAGGCCCAGGUCCAGAGCCAGAGCCCAAGCCAGAGCCAAGGACCGGGACAGAGCCGUCAGGAGAGGGAGCAGCAGGCCGCCAUUCAACUGGAGAGAGCCAAGACUAAACCUGUGGCAUUUGCUGUAAGGACCAACGUCAGCUACUGUGGCGCACUGGAUGAGGAUGUUCCAGUGCCGGCCACAGCCAUCUCCUUUGACGCCAAGGAUUUCCUCCACAUAAAAGAGAAGUUCAACAAUGACUGGUGGAUAGGUCGGUUAGUGAAGGAGGGCUGUGAGAUCGGCUUCAUCCCCAGCCCUCUGAAGCUCGAGAACAUCCGGCUCCAGCAGGAGCAAAAGAGAGGACGAGUCCAAGGUAAGUCUGGAGGGAACUCUUCUUCCAGUGUAGAGGAUGAGGUAUCUGCCUCUAUCCGACCCCUCAUAUCCUCGGCAGGAAAGCAGAAACAGAAAGUGACGGAGCACAUUCCCCCGUAUGACGUGGUUCCCUCCAUGAGGCCUGUGGUGCUGGUGGGACCCUCGCUCAAGGGUUAUGAGGUAACAGACAUGAUGCAGAAAGCACUGUUCGACUUCCUCAAGCACAGAUUUGAUGGCAGGAUAUCUAUCACACGCGUCACGGCAGAUAUAUCACUAGCCAAGCGAUCUGUUCUCAACAACCCCAGUAAGAGAGCCAUCAUUGAAAGAUCCAACACUCGCUCCAGCUUAGCUGAAGUGCAGAGUGAGAUCGAGAGGAUCUUUGAGUUGGCCCGCUCCCUGCAGCUGGUGGUGCUGGACGCCGACACCAUCAACCACCCAGCCCAGCUCCUCAAGACCUCCCUGGCCCCCAUCAUCGUCCAUGUUAAGGUCUCCUCGCCAAAGGUCCUGCAGAGGCUUGUCAAGUCCAGAGGAAAGUCCCAGAGCAAACACCUGAAUGUCCAGCUUGUGGCGGCAGACAAAUUGGCCCAGUGUCCUCCAGAAAUGUUUGACAUCAUCCUGGACGAGAACCAGCUGGAGGACGCCUGCGAGCAUCUCGCCGAAUACCUCGAGGCCUACUGGAAAGCAACCCAUACCUCGAUGGCAACGCCCCUGAAUCCCCUGCUGGGACGCAACCUGGGCCCCACCACCCUCACCCCCUACCCCACCAGCAUCUCUGGACUGCAGCAGAGCCAAAGAAUGCGACAGAGCAACCACACAGGAGACCACUCUACCCCCAACGAACGACGCAACCUGAUGACAUCGGACGAAAACUACCACAACGAGCGGGCGCACAAGGGACGCAACCGCAUGUCGUCUGGCUCGCAGCAUAGCCGGGAGCAGCAGGACCCCUACCAGGACUACCAGGACCCCUAUCAGGAUGCAUACAAGCCACAUCGCAAUCGUAGUUCACCGGGCAGCUACAGCCAUGACUCCCGGCACCGGCUCUGAGCCCCUACUUCCUGUCACCACCGGGGCCCCAAAAUGGCCCAGAUUCCACCCCAAAAUAAACGCUGCAACGGAGCCAAGAUGGUCCCAAAUUGUACCUUUUCGUUUUGGUUUGCCUACCUGGCUGUUUUUCCCUCUUUCAAAGUCAAACAAAGUCACGUUCAGGUGUUUGUUUUUAACUAAGCUGCCAGGGCAACCCCGCCAAUCAACAGCACGAGUAGUCGAGAGCUUCAGGAUGCCCACGUUAACUUAUGCUGUAAAAUGAAUUCCUUUAAAUUUAUGUUACUGGGACCUUUUGGGAUUGUACUAACACGACGCUCAGCAGACGUGCAGCGCAGAUUGUGCUUGUUGCGUGUGUCAGCAAGCUGAUUACGGAUAGUGGUCAGAUGGUGACGGUGUGUGUGGGCUUCAAAGUGCCUGGGACGUCACACCAGGUCGGUGGGAGGUCCACUGCACACUGACUGCUGAAGGCUGCUGACCCCUGUCCUGGGCCAUGUAUAAAUCCUCUCACCAUUUAGCUUAUUGCAUGCUGAUAGAUGAUCAACCUCCGCAUCCACUUCAUUGAUAUUUUGUACCUAGCAUUCUGGAUUCUCCCGUGAAGAGGUGUAGAUACGGAGGUCCAAUUUUCUAAAUCACCUGACUGUGGGUAGGUGGCAGGUGCUGGGUUAGUGGUGGGGCGUGCAGAUGAUAUCUGGCUGCUAGUUUUGAAAACUGGUGCUUCACAUUCCCAAACUAUUUUGCUAUUUGAAAGUCACUUUGAGCAAGGCCAGCUUUUCUGUAGCAUAGCUUUAGGAUUUCAUUUGGGUGAAGACCCUCACCGUCAUAAGCAGAACAGAUUCUGAUGGUGCUGGGAUCAGAUCUCAGUUACACUGUAGGAGAAGGCAAUACUGCUUCUGUUCUAAACAGCUAGCACUUAGAGAGUUAGAGAAGGAGAUAGCUGUGACAGUCUGUCGGAUAGUCUAGUGAAAUACAAUAGCAAAAUACUACUUGAGAUGCAUUUGAUGUUGUUGAGCUGUGGACUGGCAUAAAAACCAAUGCUGUGAGAACCUUUUCGAGCUGUUUGGGAUGUUCUGUCUGAUAUUUUUGCCCCUGCCCGUGUGAAUAAUAAGAUUGGAAAUUGUGUUGUUGUUUUUUUUCGUUCUUUUAAGUUUGAUAGACCUAAAGGAGCAUCUGCAGCUGAAGCUACAGGUUGUUUUGCAUUCAUUAGUAAUGAAGUCAAAAUUGUUUAGUGGUACAAACAUACAGAUGUUGGUUACCAAGUCAGUUAAACGCUAUUGAAGUUCCUUCUGUUGGGUUAAAAAUGUGACAAGGCAGGAUCGGUUGCAUCAUGUUCAUUCUCUGUGUAGCUGGCAUGUUGUCCUGACUGCAGAGCAUGUUCCCUCCAAACGUAAAAUAGAAACCUACUGUAAUCAAGUUGAUGUUUGUAGAAGUAUAGGGCACCUUUCUCCAAAAAAAAGUAGAAAAAAAGAAAAGAAAAAUGGCCCAAAUUACAGAUGAAUGAUAUCUCUGGAUUCCUGAGGUUUGUAACUAAAUGCGCUGAAAUGGCACACUGAAAACUUAAAGUGUCAGUUUAUGUUGUUCAGAAAGAGUUUCAGUGGAUUGCAUGACUCACGUGAGGGGACAUCACAAUGAUAAUAGUUUCUGUUUUAUGGUAGAAAGUGCACUGAAACAACUGUCAAACACUGAUUUAGCCCCCAGCCCACAUAAAAACGUUCAGUUGAGAUAACAUGGGCAGUCGUUUACUGAACUAACAUGGUGCUUUGUAUGAAAGCAGAGAGCUGCUGUGGUUGCUAAUAAUGAUUUUAAGGCUUGUUUUCACUGUCAUAAAACACUGUACAAAUAUAAUUCUUUUAAGGUAUCAAAUGGUCUUGUGAUUACGACUCAAUUAUCUUAUUAUUUUCAGAUAACAAACGGCUGUAACCCGCCAAUUUUAAGCCUGAAAACAGGAUUUAAAUUAAUAAUAAUUUUGGCUAAAUAGAAGAUUAAAUUCAACCAGGAUGCUCUGUGUUUUCUUGAUAUUUACUUGAAUAUCUUGUCAAUGUCAGGAAGCACCGUUCAUUAUCUUAAAACUCCGAGAUAGUUGAGUCGUUAUCUUGAAGUCACAAAAUGUAGUAAAUACAAGAACCAUUUUAUCAUUUAUUAUCUCAGCAGUUUGUAGUUUAAAGAUAACAAGAUAAUAAGGCUUAGACAAUUUUGGCUGCUCUUGGCUUCUGUAAGUUUGACUGGAUGAAGAAAACUGGGAUGUGCGUUAUAUAUUUCAUGUAUUUCCCAGGCAGUGUGUCUUUGAUUGUUGUUUUACCACACUUGCUUUUUUUGCAGCAGAUGUUCCUAAUCCUGUAGAUGACAGAAUAACAUGAAGCUUCCUGUAUGACAGGACAUAAUGACAAACAAGCUUAUAUUUAGUUCAGACACAGGCUGCAUUGAACCAUUGUAAUGCCACAAAAUAAUAGGAAAUGUUCCUUUACCUGGAUGGAGGACCAAAAGUGACAUAUACAUAAAACCCUAAAUGAUCAGGUAAAUUAACUAAAAAAAAAUUAAUUUAGAAAUAAGUUGUUUAAAGUAGAUUAACAAAUACAUUGUUUUUACUCUGACCAUUUAUUCAUUCCUUCAAUCAAUCAAUUUUUUUUCUAGUAAGUCAAGUUUGUUCCUUCAUAUUCUGCCAUCAACCAUGACAGACACACUGCCAGAGAAAUCAAUUUUUCAAAGAAAAGAAAUCAUAGUGAAAUGGUUUCGUGAUGUUUUCUCUGAUAUCAAAUAUGUACAAUGUGAAACAGAAUACAGAAUUUGUCAGAACAGUUUUCUUUGGCAUGUUUGGGCAAAUCUUGAAUCUACUCUUAACCUUUAGACUUCUUCCUUUCUGACAAAAAUGAUGUACAGUAUUGACAGCUGCAGCACCAGAUCAGCUUGGUGCAUUACAGUGAAUCAAUAUCUAAAAAAUAAAAACUAGCUCAACAAAAUAUCCACUCCCUUAAAUAUGAUAAUAAUGUUUUUUAUGUCUGAGAUCUAUACAGAGUGCUAUCUAAUGAGUUUGGAGUUGUAGUUUUUUUAUUUACAGGACUAAUUUUAGGGGGAUUUCUAUUUAUAAAGUUCAUACAGUUCUAACAUUAUAAAUUAGUAGAAAGAGUAACUCCACGUUAUAGUGCAUCUUGUACAGAGGGAAAAUGUUGCUGCACUGACCACUAUGGUUCAAAUGUUUGACCACACCUAGCACUUGCACAGGUUGUGGACAAAGUGUGCAGCAACCACUAGAUGGCAGCAUAAGUAGGAUUAUGAACCUGGGUGUAGUUAAUCUUUACAGGGCAACUGGACACGUGGCUGAAAAGUGAUUCUCUGCAGCCACUAGUUUCAAACAGUCAACCCCAUCAACAGACAAAAACAUUAAUAUUGGAUGAUCCCACAGAAGUGCAGGUUAUAUUUAAUGAUUAACAAUAAAUGCUACAUUUUUUGUUCUACAAUAUUUACAGUAUGGUUACAAUCUGCUAUUGGAAUAAGUACCCUAGAUAUUUAGGGCACACUACUUCCCGUGGAAUGAUCCAAUAUUAAUGUAGGUCAUAGAGAUACUUGUUUAAUUACUCUGAUUACUUUCAGGAUUUAUCUUUAGACUGAUAUUUCAUGCUGUGGAGCAAGUUUUAUAUGUAACUCUUCAGAAAGUAGACUUCGUAGUAAACUCUGUCCUACAUUGGCUGUCCCCAAGAAUUCUACAGUCUGACACAGUUUCAGGAUGUCUUGGAGGGACCUCAUUUUCAAGUCCUAAUUAGAAUAAGUUUCAAACGGGUCCUCCUUCUCUUACUUCACUGGCAACAACUUAAAGCCUGACCUGACAUUAAAUACCGAGCAGAUGUUCUCUGGUGCAAAGCAGCUCCUGAUUUAUCUAUUUAAACUUAGAGUUAGGCGUCAUAUUCUCAUUAGAUCACUCUUUAUAGAUCUGGAUGAACUUCUUUUGCAAGACUUGUAUAGCACAAAAGAGUAAGCAAAAAAUAAGGUGGUUUUUGAGCAAGUGUUCCUACAAUGUGAAUCUGGUAUAAAGGGCACAGACUAUUUUAAGAAUUUCUUUGCCCAAAGAAGACUGCAAAUGAAAAAGAAAGUGUUAAAGUGCAUAAUGCUACUGUUUACAAGCACGCUUUUCUGUCUCAUUCUGCCCCAUAGCAUGAAAAACCCCAUUGGUUGAUUGAACAGGGAGCCAUUUUCCAUUUGAAAUCAAACCAACCAAUGUUGAGCUGGGCUGCUUGAGACAAUCAGAAGGGAUUUCCAGACCAGCGUCCCACCAUCUCUCUCUUUGUGAAUGCCCUAAAAUGAUGAGAGACCUUUGCCCUUUUGAGUUGUGGAAUUAGAUCCGAGCAAAAUAAUGCCACACUCACUCACAGAUCUCGAAAAACUGUCCGUCUUGGCUUUCUUUUGCAUUUGUUUCACCUUUACCUGUGGCCAAACCUUUUUUCCAAAAACCACAUUCAUUACUAAUUUUAUUUUUCACAGAUUAAAUCUCAAGUGACCACAAAAUACAAAACUUAUGGGGAGGAUUUACUUUGGUAAAAUGUAAAACAAAAGAGAAAAAAAAGAAACAAAAGAAGCAAAAGAACAAACAUUUAUUCCAGUAGAAAAGUAAUAGAUGAAUAUUUGCUGGCGAUUAUUUUUAUAACAAAUAAAUGUACAUAAUGUCUUUGAGAGAUGCUAUUUGCUGUAUACAUGUGCUGAAAUGACGACGACGACCCAUGUGGGACACCUGGAACAACAGCGAGGUCCAGUAUACAAAGUUUCAGUGAUGUGCAAUACAAAACGGCAUGCUGUUUUAAAAUGAGGAACUUCAUGUACUGUACUAUGCAACCGCAAACUGUGUACAUCGCUUCAUGCUGUGGCUUCUCCACCACCCUUUUCCAAGCAGCUUCAUCUGGACUUUUAAGGGAUUUUUUUGUGUUAAUUGUUUUUUGGUUUUUGGUUGUUUUUUUUCUGUGGAAGAUGAAAACCUAAGCGGCUAAUGCGGUAUUGCAUGCAUAAUAUACCAUUCUAAUUUAUAAAAAGAAAUUAAAGAAAAAUACAUGAAAUUGGAGGUGACUGUGUUUAAGGCAAGGCUACAAGUGACUUAAAACAUUUCUUUUUCAAAAUAAAAGAGUGGUUCUAAAGUUG